GGGGUCCCCACUUUUCGUCGGGGGGGGUCGACCCCUCAUCCCACCUGCCCGGGGGGGUGCCAAUGUGACCUGGAAAGCGCUUGGUGCCGGGGGGGGGAAUGGAUUGCCAAGGGGGUUCCCCCCUCGACUGGCCACGCUGUCCCUGGUGCGCUGGCACGUCGAUGUCCUGGCCGAGGGCAGCUUCCGUGACACCCCGGCCCUGCAGCUGCUGUUGGUCAGUGCCGGCCGUUUGGGGACCAUCGGGGACGGCGCCUUCGCUGGGCUGGUGCUGCUGGAGUAUCUGUUCAUCGAGGACAACACCGUGGGGUCGAUCUCGGCGGCGGCGCUGCGGGGGCUGCGGGGGCUGCUCUACCUGAGUUUGGCCAACAACGGGCUGGAGACGCUGCCCCGGGGCCUCUUCCAGGGGCUGGAGACGCUGACACAGCUGGACCUCCGUGGGAACCCCUUCCAGUGCGACUGUGGCCUGCGCUGGUUGGUGAACUGGUUGACCAGUACAGGCCCCCCCACGGAACUGGGAACGUGCUGGGGACCCCCCAAACACCGGGACACCCCCCUGGCACAGCUGCAGCUCAGGGACUUUCACUGCCUGACCUCAGAGCUUCGUCCCUUCCAGUCCCUGCCCUUCUCCUCGCUGGCAGCAGAGCCCUUUGCCCUGGGGGGGCAGCCAGGGGUGGUCCUGGCACAGCCCUUUGCUGGUUCUUGUGCCAUCCUGGAGUGGGAUCAACUGGCCGGGAGGUUCCGAGCUCCCACCGUCAUCAAUGGCUCAUCCCCCGUGGCCUGUCACCCCUUACAACUGGGAGGAGCCUUGGUGGUGGUGGUGGCCCAGCUCGGGGGCGGCUCAGCCGUCUGGCGCCGCGCUGGUGGCCCCGGUGGUCGCUUCGUCCGUCUCCAGGCGUUGGGCAACGGGAGGUUGAGGCGUCCCCACGCCGUGGCCAGCGCCCGGUUGGGUGGUCACUGGUACCUUGGGGUGGCAGAUAGCUCCAAAGGUGGGACCACCACCCUCUUCAGGUGGGGGGGACGUGGUUUCUACCCCCACCAAAGCCUUCGACCUUGGCACCGAGACACUCACCUGGAGUUCCUGGAGCUUGGGGGUCAACCUGCCUUGGUGGUCUGUAGUGGCACCAGGAGGCCUUUGGUGUACAGGUGGAGUGGGGCAGCCUUUGCCCCCCACACCGACAUCCCCCAUGUGCCAGAUGUCUAUGCUGCCAAGCACUUCCGGCUCAGGGGACACGUCUUCCUCUGCUUGACCAGGUUCCUGGGGGAUGCCAAGGUGAUGCGUUGGGAGGGCUCCAUGUUCAGGGAGGUCCAGCAGGUGCCUGCUCGGGGCUCGAUGGUCUUCCAACCCCUUCCAUUGGCCGGUCAACGUUACGUCAUCUUGGGCAACGACUACGCCCCGAGCCGUGUCUAUCGUCUGGGACCUGGUGGCCACCUGGAACCCACCCAGGAGCUUUUGACCCCCACCCCCAGAGCUUUUGCCCCCCUCUCCUUGGGUCACCAGCACUUCCUGGUGGCCUCCAGCUUCAAAGGGGCCACCCAGAUCUACAGGCACGUCACCACUGACUUGGGGGCUUGAGGGAUGGCAAAAGGUCCCGUUGUGGUGGCUGAGGGGCAUGGAGGGACAUCAAAGGUCAACCUAGGAGGUGGCCAAGGUCUUGUUCUGGUGGCUGAGGGUCAU